GCCAGAGCAACAGCGAAACCCCCGUACAGCCAUGGCAGAAAACGCCGGCUUGGAAAACCACCGCAUCAAGAGCUUUAAAAACAAGGGACGUGAUGUCGAGACUAUGAGAAGACAUCGAAAUGAGGUGACGGUUGAGUUGAGAAAGAACAAACGAGACGAGCAUCUACUGAAGAAGAGAAACGUCCCGCAGGAGGAGAGUCUGGAGGACUCUGAUGUCGACUCAGACUUCAAAGGACAAAAUGUUACGCUUGAUGCCAUCUUACAGAACGCUACCAGUGAUAAUGCAGUUAUCCAGCUCAGUGCUGUACAGGCAGCCAGAAAACUGCUCUCCAGUGACAGAAACCCUCCCAUCGAUGACUUGAUAAAGUCUGGGAUCCUGCCCAUUUUAGUCAAAUGCCUGGAAAGGGACGACAACCCCUCUCUUCAGUUUGAGGCAGCUUGGGCUCUGACCAACAUCGCCUCUGGGACAUCGGCACAGACUCAGGCUGUGGUUAAAUCUAAUGCAGUGCCCCUGUUCCUGCGACUGCUACACUCUCCCCAUCAGAACGUUUGUGAACAGGCUGUAUGGGCUUUAGGAAACAUUAUAGGUGAUGGUCCACAGUGCAGGGAUUAUGUCAUCUCCCUUGGCGUGGUCAAGCCUCUGCUUUCUUUCAUCAACCCAUCAAUCCCCAUCACCUUCCUGCGCAAUGUUACCUGGGUCAUUGUUAACCUCUGCCGCAACAAGGACCCACCACCACCCAUGGAGACUGUACAAGAGAUUUUGCCCGCCCUCUGUGUGCUAAUAUAUCACACCGAUAUAAAUAUCCUAGUCGACACAGUGUGGGCUCUGUCCUAUCUGACGGACGGUGGCAACGAGCAGAUCCAGAUGGUUAUAGAUUCUGGUGUUGUUCCAUUUCUUGUGCCUCUCCUCAGCCAUCAGGAGGUGAAAGUUCAGACGGCAGCUUUGAGGGCAGUGGGAAACAUUGUGACAGGGACAGACGAGCAGACACAGGUUGUGCUCAACUGUGACGUCCUCUCACAUUUCCCCAACUUGCUCACGCACCCUAAAGAAAAGAUCAACAAGGAAGCAGUCUGGUUCCUGUCCAACAUUACAGCUGGGAACCAGCAGCAGGUCCAAGCUGUGAUCGACGCUGGGCUGAUUCCGAUGAUCAUUCACCAACUUGCUAAGGGUGACUUUGGCACUCAGAAGGAGGCAGCCUGGGCCAUCAGCAACCUCACCAUCAGUGGGAGGAAAGACCAGGUGGAGUUCCUGGUAGAGCAGAAUGUCAUCCCUCCGUUCUGUAACCUGCUGUCAGUGAAGGACUCUCAGGUGGUGCAGGUUGUACUUGACGGACUGAAGAACAUCCUCAUCAUGGCAGGAGAUGAAGCCAGUACUAUCGCCGAGAUCAUAGAAGAGUGUGGAGGUUUGGAAAAGAUAGAAAAUUUGCAGCAGCAUGAGAAUGAGGAUAUCUACAAACUAGCCUAUGAGAUUAUCGAUCAGUACUUUUCAGCAGAUGAUAUUGAAGAAGAUACCAACUUGAUCCCUGAAACCACCCAAGGAGGAACCUACAACUUUGAUCCAGCUUCCAACAUGCAAACAAAGGAGUUCAAUUUCUAAAAGCCAGGGUGUUUGGUUCAACCAGCUGCACGGGUACUCUGUAAUCACCCCAGACAUUCAUCCAUCUCUCCUCCAACCUGGCAACCUGGUACCGCAGGAUUUACUCAGCAUCACUUCAACAUGGAAACUCACCACUGAAGGAUUUACCCCACCCCCCCACCCCCCACACUGUGGGGUGUUUUUUUUUUUUUUUUUUUUUGGGGGGGGGGGUUUUCUUUUCUUUCUAAUGUUCAUCCUUCACAGAACACAGCAACCCUUCAAAGGAGUCGGGGUUAUUCAAUAAGGCACCAUCACCAUCUGGCAACCUGCAUCAGGAGGAUUGUCGCUAUUUUGAUGCCAGUGCUUCUAAAUAUCACACAGAAAUAAAACCAGAAGGAAGAAACAGCCUUCGUGGCAAGAUUUAAUUGCCAAAUGUCAAAUCUUCACAAGGACAAAAACACAAGCACAUACGCAGACACAAAACACACACACACACACACACACACACACACACACACACACACACACACACACACACACUUUUUGACACUUAAGAUUUGUGUGCAUACUUCUGUUAGAAGCCAUCAUAUCACUCACGGGGAAGAAAUACUGCUGUUUGUUUGUGGUUUAUUUUUGUGCUUUCCCCCCCUGGAUUGUCCUCUGGUGUUCACCCAUAUGCACGCACACUGACAUACAAAUGUACACACACACACACACUUUAGUCACUCAGAUUCCUGAUGGCCGUGCACCCCAAAAACCCUCUCUCACCCAGUUUAAAGAGUUAAUCCCAGAGCUAAGCCAUGAUUAACCACGGACCCCCCCCCCCCCCUCCACUGCCCUCCCAGGAGAGUUCUGGGACAGGUGGAGGGGUGAAAGGGCUCUAAGGCAAAAAGAGGACUCCGUGGCAAACUGACUGACAGGACUUUUGACUCAAUAAUGUCACUUUUUUUAAUGUGACCUCUGUUGAAUUAUCAAACUUAAUGUUUGUUUAAAAAAACAAAAUCAACAAA